AUGUCUCGAUAUCCAGAGGACAGCAACGCGCCCGCUGUGAUUGUCUUGACGCGGUUCCUGCUGGUUACUUUGAUCCUAGGGUGUCUCGCUCGGCUGGCGACCAAAUGGUGGAAGUUUGGCACGUUCUUUCGAGAUGACUAUUACGCCAUGCUGGCCAUGGCAGCGUCGAUCGCUCAAGCCGUGGCCGUCUCCAUCGCCGUGAAUCUGGGAUACGGAAGCCCUAUCACGCAGCUCAGUGAGAGCCAGGUUGCCGGAAUUCUCAAAGUACCCAACAGAUCCUCUUUAAGUUAUAUUAGAAGAGCUGCUAAUGAGCAGGCUCAAUAUGCUUCAACCCUCUUCUACGUCCUCGGCAUCGCCCUCUCCCAGCUCUCGCUCCUCUGCUUCGUCCAAUACCUCGCCUCCCGCAACAACUACAGCUUCAUGGCCCGGCAACUCGCAAUCGCCGUCGUGGCCGUGGUAGGCGUCUUUGGCUCGGCCUUUCAGUGCCAUCCGCGGCAGUGGGACUAUAUCCAUGAUCGAUGCUACAACCGCGAGGCGUGGUUCAUCUACCUGGCUGCAUCGAUGAUCCUGGCUGAGAUUGCCAUCAUUGCACAUGCUGUCGUCGUGCUGAUCAACGUGCAGACAUCGUGUAAGCGGCGACUCAACCUGACCUCCGUCUUUCUAUUCCGGAUUGUGGUCCCCGGCACAUUACUCGCCCAAAUCACAUUAAUCCACAAGACAAUCCACAGCCCCGACCCAACCUCACACACAUGGCCCGUCGCCGUAUGCACGCAACUAGCCCUAUGCCUCAGCAACGUCACCGCCAGCGCCCCGCAGUUCGUGCCAAUCCUGCGAAGCCUACAGUCGACUGGGAUGCGACUCGAUGGGAUAACUCGGUAUACGCAUACGAGCAGUAGCAAUGCGCAGGAUUCUCGCUCUAGAUACUUUUUCUCGGCCUCUGCCUCUGCUAGGCGCACGCGUGCGGAGUCUGGGCUGGAGCUUGAGGAUUUCCCGUUGGCGAGUACGAGGACGACUGUUACGGGUGGAUAUGAGGGUUAUACUCUGGAUGAUCGUGUUCGUGAAGAGGAUAAGGAUGAUGGGAGUCAGUCGAGUCAGGCGGGGAUUAUUCGGGCGACGAGGACGUUUGGUAUCACGGAGGAGCAUGUAGGGAGAUAA